UGCUCUCCCUCUGUCACACCCACAGUAGGUAUAGUGUCACCAAUAGCGUAAGUUAGCCUUGGUGUGCUUUUAGGCUGCACCUUUCAAAUCUUUUGAGUGAUCUAGCAGAGUCUAGGAGACCCAAUGCAGACGAUUCUUCAUCAGUCUUCUGGGUGACAUAGAGGCCUGCCUGCCUGCCCUACCUGGUACCUGCUUGCCUUCCUGCCUGGUGCCUCUCCUGGCCCAUCAGAAAACACCAGACACCUGCAGGCUAACAGAAGAGGAGUCUGGGCUAACUGGACCAGACAUCAUCAUCACCACUAGUCUACAUUACAUCUGUUGCUGUCCUGUCCUGUCUACACUCAGCAAUAGUCUCAUCCUUGCCAGAGACCACCCAGAGACCAGCACACCUUGGCCCAGGAGGCAGCAGCCAUGUCGAGUCCGGGGGAGAGUCUAUCAUCAGAGGGCAGCAGCUCAUUGUUACCGCCCUGCCUAGGUCUGCCCGAGAGAAACAUGGGACCCAGGGUCGGGGCUGCCUGGGAGAUGGAGGACACCAAGCCCUGCAUGGAGGCUCUGGAGCAUUGUGGGUUUCCAGGCCUCUACCUGUCCUGCUUCGACAUGCUCUUUACUGAGGACUCCGCCUGGCUGGUGAAGGUGUCCGAGGCCUCCCCGGGUCUGGCCGGCGCCGUGCCUGUCCCUGUACCCAGGACGGCGCACGGAGAGGAGCCAGAGCAGUGCCCCGUCAUCGACAGCCAGGCCCUGGGGCUCUCCCCGGGGCUAGAGGGCCAGGAGGAGGAGCGAUCCCUGGAGCAGGUCCAGAGCAUGGUGGUCGGAGAGGUUCUGAAGGACAUUGAGACGGCCUGCAAGCUGCUCAACAUCACCCCAGACCCCAUGGAGUGGAGCUCGGGGAACGUUCAGAAGUGGUUGCUGUGGACAGAGCAUCUGUACAGACUGCCUCAGGCUGGAAACACCUUCCAGGAGCAGACUGGGAAAGACCUGUGUGCCAUGAGUGAAGAGGACUUCAGGCAGAGGGUCCCUCAGUGUGGAGACACUCUGCACGCCCACCUGGACAUCUGGAAGUCAGCUGCCUGGAUGAAAGAGAGGUGUUCAGUUGGAGACAGCAAAAUCACAGGCGGAGAAGAGCUGUGGUUGGAGGCAGACUCGUCGUGCUCAGGCCAGCCCAUCCACCUGUGGCAGUUCCUCAGAGAGCUGCUCCUCAAACCCCACAACUACGGACGUUGCAUCCGCUGGCUCAACAAGGAGAAAGGUAUUUUCAAAAUCGAGGACUCUGCUCAUGUGGCAAGACUCUGGGGACGGAGGAAGAACCGACCAGCGAUGAACUAUGACAAGCUGAGCCGCUCCAUACGGCAGUAUUACAAGAAGGGCAUCAUCCGCAAGCCUGACGUCUCCCAGAGACUGGUCUACCAGUUUGUCCACCCAGUAUAAGGGGAAGGAGGAGGACAAAGGCCUACAAAGAAAGGACCACACGAUCACACCUUGGUCUUGAACAUUACACAACCAAGCUGAAAAGGGGUAAAACACAUGCACUGGCCAAUCCCUGUCAGUACACAUACCCUUUGCCAGUACGGAAGUGUCAGCUGCCAAAGCUGGCAAAUGAAGAUUUUAUUUUUUUAACGCAGAGAAGAAAUUUGAGACAAAAAUGUUAAGUGAUCUUUCUGGACUGCC